AUGGCUGUACAUGAGCCGACCAGGCUCGGCGAGCCCAAGCCUUACCUUGCCACAAGCCUCCCUGGCUCGUCACCCAUUGGACAAGACACGAGCCUCCCUGGCUCGUCACCUAUUGGACAAGACACGAGCCUCCCUGGCUCGUCAACCAUUGGACAAGACACGAGCCUCCCUGGCUCGUCACCCAUUGGACUAGACACGAGCCUCCCUGGCUCGUCACCCAUUGGACAAGACACGAGCCUCCCUGGCUCAUCACCCAUUGGACAAGACACGAGCCUCCCUGGCUCGGAUCUUUGCUACAACGUCUUGAGGGACACCAUUCCUGACUCCAUCAGCAAGCUAAAAAAUCUUCAGACACUAAUGCUUAGUCUGAACAAGUUGUUAGGCUCGAUAGCAGCGUCAAUGGGCAACCUUGGAAGUCUGACCGUCUUAGACCUCCACCAAAAUAGCUUCGUGGGCAACAUUCCUGCUUCCUUUGGCAAUCUCACAAAUCUUCGUUCCUUGGAUCUGACUGAAACCACAGUUACAUGCCCUCCUGACUCCACCCCAUGCAUGGUCACGCAAAACCUUCAAAGCACUUUUUGCCGCUUGUGCCUCUCCUUCUGCACCACCUGUGUCAAGGCAGCAGCACCAU